AUGGACAGCCAUGCCACGAACGCGAUACAGUGGGUCAAUCUUCUUGCCCAGCAUCUGAGGCGUCUACACCUUCAACCGCGUUGCUCAGACUUCUCGAUUUGGUCACUUAUCGACACGGUCGACAUGAAGCUCCCAAGUAACGGCUCAAAGAUGGGAGACAAGUAUCAGAUGAUCACACAAGAGACUCUGGCACUACUUCUGGAUCUAGGCAUCAAUGUUAGGUCUUGGGUCGGAGGCGUCAAGGUCAGUGCGCCACAGUUCACCAACAAGCUCGAUCGUUUGGAGAGUCUGGAGUUUGAGUUCAACAUGGACCUGGACUCACCCUACGAGGCCCUGGCCUCCAUAACCCAGACCAACUUUCCCAGUCUAAGGCAUCUCACGUUGAUCCCCUUCCCAUCAGGUUCUGGCGAGAGCUUCUUGAGCCUUGCCCACCAAGUCUUUCACCCACAUCACCUCAUUGGAGAUCAUUGA